GUGCGUUUGAUUGUUGCAGGGCUCAAUGGCGGACAGAGCAGGAUAGUCGCAUUAGCACCGAGGACAAUAACAUCUCGACUGUGUAAUUCGCUGGCGUGACUCGGCACGCCGCAGCACUUGCCCCACAAGUGCACCGUUUUGAAGCGGGUCUUUCUUUUUUUUUUGCACUAACAUUAAGUGCAAAGUCGGCCGCAGCUCUUCCCUGCUUUCAUCUUUCAGCGUGUUUUGAGUUCCCGUCCACAGCGGAGAAGUUGCACUGUUUCAUGGUGGCUCACUGAAAGGCAGUUUAGCUUGCGAGCAAAAAAAAAAAAAACAUGGGGGAGUCUCUCGAACUGAUAGGGAAGCGUCUGCUUUUGCUCCUCGGCGACGGCAGGUCCGCAAACGGAUCGGAACCGGAGAAGGCCACCUGGGCCAGGGACUGGCUCCGGGGAACGGUGCGGGCGGUCAGCGUCAUCGGCCUGGUCGCCCCGGAGGGUGGCGGAGGAGAGGCGACGACCACAUCCAGUGCUGCUGCAGGGCUCACGGUAUUUGUGGAGUUUGAGAACGCUUCGCAGCGGUGUUCUUGGGUGCAGGUGUAUGACGAGGGGGUGAAAGCCGUGCUAGUGGAGGAGUCUAUUGUUUGGGCCAGUCGGAGUGAUAGCACUGCGACUGCUGGAGCUGCAGCAUCAACCACAGCCUGGCCUGCCCUGGUCUUCCGCUCCCUUGUGGACAGAGUGGGUUUAGGAUCGUUGGUAGCUGUUGAGUAUUUUGGAAAGAAGACCUUAGAGUUCCUGUCUGAUAACAAAACUGUGCAGAGGUUUGAGGUUGAUAAAGACUUAAGACACCCUUUGUUGUUGGAGCAGCCCUCUCUGCAGGGUACCAUCUCCAGCUGGCGCACUGACUUUGAACUGCAGGAGAUCUUCAGGAAGGGUUCUUACACUGUUCAAGGGCGCAGGGUUCGGGUGUACCAACCAGAGUUUGAGGAGUGCUGGGCCUCAGGAUUGGUCUCUCAGCACGAUCCUAUCUCACACAUCAUGGAGAUUACACUAGAUAAGGGAGAAGGAAAUCAGAUGGUAGACCCUCGUGUAAUACACGUCAUGCUCACAGAGGAAGAGCUCGGUAAGAAUGGGCGGCGAAGGAGGGACAGUGAAACGAUGAAGGGUGAUGGUGGGCGUAGACGCAGGACUGCCUCUGAAGGUGAGGAUGACUUGAACUUGAAACGCUUCAAAGGAGCGGGAGAUGCCGGAGCUGAUGGAGAAAACGGUGGUGAUUUGAAGAAAACUCCAGCAGAAGGGAUGGGGAUCUGGGGCGGAGACUUGGGCGACAGAGUCAGCAGCACAACCAAAAACGGAAGCUCUUCAGAAGGAACUUUUCCUCAGGGCAGAGUGUCAUCACCCAACACCAAUUCCCCACCAAUGGACCAAUCAAACACCACUCCUCCCUGUUUUCCUGCCCACGUCAAAGAAAAUGGCCGCUCACUCUCCUCACAAGGGGCAGCAGACUCCACCACUACGUUGACUCACACCCCUACGCCUCCUCCCCUCAAACCAGCCCCCUCUCCCUUCUCUACCACAUCUUUCCCUUCCCUAGGCCAGAUGCCAAGCCUGGUCCCUGGAGCGCCAGCCCCCAAGGCCUCCCCAUCCCCACAGCCAGACAGAGAGGAGGCAUCCCAGUCUGCCUUCUCUAAAACAGCUGCUCUUGUUUCCCCGGGGCCUGUCACCAUUUCUUGGUCACAUGACAGUGGCCCAAGUGUUGCACUUUCUGCUUCUGUGGGUUUAAGUCCUAAAGCCCCUACCUGGGGAAGCCAGACUGAGGGCUCUAAGGUGGCUCCUGGUUUUCGUUUGCCUCAGUCCACUGCUCCUGUUUUUGGUGAAGUUACCUCUCAGACAAAUGGCGCUCCCACCACCACCACCACAUCCUCCCAGGACACUCCCAGGCCCUUUGGCUUUGGCUUUAGUGGGGCAAAGAAUGAGGCUCAAUCCAAGCAAGACCAAAACCUGUUUUUCCAGUGCAUGACCCAGAAUUCUGGCUCCAGCUCAAGCCUUGCUGCUGGUCAGACCCAGUCUAAGGAAACCAAUUACUUCACCGCCGUUUCUGAUAGCCUGAGCAAAGAACCUCCAAGCCUUUUCAAGCCUGCAGCCUCCAAUGAAGCUCUGAAGAAGCCUGAGCAGACCAAAGUGCCUGAGACCCAUACAACGGGAAAUGGUGUGCUCAACAAACCCUCAUCGGCCUUCCAGGGCAUGGUUGGCUCUGCAGCUGGGAGAGGCUCUGGUCUAAGUAUUGGAGGACUAGCUGCAGCUGCUGGGGCUCCAAGUACUUCUAAGAAGAGCAGUAAUAAUGGCACCCCUGUGGGGGGCUUAAGUCUGCAAUCUGGUUUUAAUACUUCAGAUAGCCACCAGAAUCUUUUUCUGCAGGCCUCAAAAGAGCCCACAAAUCCAUUUCUGGCAUACGGGGACAAACCCUCCCACACCUCCUUUGCUGGACUCACUUGUGCCGAACCACAGACUCUUGGUCCUGCCUCAGACAGCAAACCAAACCUGUUCACCAUGGCAGAGCCACCUAAGGGGAUUCUACCUUUCUCAGCACUCUCAGCAGCUGCUUCCCCCAGCUCCUCCUCCUCUCCAGCACCAGCUUCAUCCCAGAGGGCACAGACUGAAGGGACUGUGACAAAGGAGGAGCAGGAAGUUGGGGAGAUUUCUUCAUCCACCUCAGGCUGCCCCAUGUUUGGAAGCUCUGGUCCCGGAGCAAUGGAGGACCUCCCAGUGUCCUUUGACCAGAGCCAGUCUCAGAAGUUUUCCUUGGAGGAAAGAGGUCAAUCAUCCAAACGUGACUCUGACUCCAGCAGCAACAGCGACCUGUCAGACCUAAGUGAGAAUGAGGAGGGACCAGAGAAGGGCCCAAUCCCAGGAGGGCCACCACACCCUGCAAAGGAUGCUGCUAUGUUGCAGAAAGCGAAAGUGCAAGGUGCUCCAAAGAGUCGUCCACGUAACAAGCCAUUUAAAGUGGGCCAGUCUGUACUAAAAGACCAGAGCAAAGUGCGUCGCCUGAAGCAGUCUGGUGAGUCCUUUCUCCAGGAUGGCUCCUGCAUCAAUGUGGCACCUCAUCUGCACAAGUGCCGCGAGUGUCGUCUUGAGCGUUACCGAAAAUAUCGGACUGCAGACGACGAUAGCGACGAUGAGGAUGACCCAAAUGUGGCCUGUCGUUUCUUCCACUUCAGAAGGUUGGCUUUCACUCGUAAAGGUGUGCUGCGUGUGGAAGGCUUCCUGAGCCCUCAGCAGAGCGAUUCUAUGGCCAUGGGUCUGUGGCUACCUGCACCAGCUGUCCAAGAGGGUCUGGACCUUGAUACGUCCAAAUACAUCCUGGCCAAUGUGGGAGACCAGUUCUGUCAAUUGGUUAUGUCAGAGAAGGAGGCUAUGAUGAUGGUGGAGCCUCACCAGAAAGUGGCCUGGAAACGAGCUGUGCGAGGUGUCAGAGAAAUGUGUGAUGUGUGUGAGACCACGUUGUUCAACAUCCACUGGGUGUGUCGCAAGUGUGGAUUCGGAGUUUGUCUGGAUUGUUAUCGGCUCCGCAGGAACAGACCAAGAGAGGAUGUGGAUGAAGGUCCGGAAGAUGAGGUUUUCGCUUGGUUAAAGUGUGCCAAAGGCCAGCCUCAUGAGCCACAGAACCUCAUGCCUACACAGAUUAUACCUGGGACAGCUCUUUACAACAUAGGUGACAUGGUGCACUCAGCAAGAGGCAAGUGGGGAAUUAAAGCAAAUUGUCCUUGUACAAGUCGACACACCAAGCCUUUAGUGCGUCCUAGUGCCCCAAAUGGUAUUUCACAGUCUACAACAAGCAGUGGUAGUAUCCUCGCAGCUGCAGCCCCUGGUAUUGGCACUACUCCAAAAUCAGAGGGAGAAACGUCAGUGAUCAAAACAGAAACUACACAAACAGCAGCGCCAUCAGACAGUGGGGGAGGAGAAAGUGUUGGAAGUACCAGUAACUCCACCAGCGGUACAUCCUCCCCCUGUAACCUCCCCCAGUCCUCUGCCAGGGAGUCACGCUCAUCAGGAGAGGGCAACAGCUCUGCCCUGCACUGGCUCGCGGACCUGGCCACACAGAAAGCUAAGGAUGAUACCAAGGAAUCUGGUUCACUACGCUCCAUGAUGAGUCGAGACAGCCGGCCUCCGUUUGGCCUGGACUCACUCAGUGCUCUGUCAAAGCCUUCUGCUUCCAGCCCCAAGCUAUUUAACAGCCUGUUACUGGGCUCCAGCAUGGCCCAGUCCAAACCAGAGGGGUCAAGUCUCCGGGACCUGCUCAACUCCGGACCUGGAAAACUCCCCCAGGGCCCAGGAGAGAGUGGGGUACCAUUCCCCUCUGUCUUUACAUCAGGAGGUAGCGACAAGCUGAAGAGCAGCCUCCCCAACUUCCUGGAUCACAUCAUCGCCUCGGUUGUGGAGACCAAGAAGGCAGAAGGUCGUCGUACCGGGGCCUCUGAGAGCGGCGAGCUGGGUGUGUUGGGGGGACGCAAAGAGGGUGUUAUGGGUCUAAGUGUUUUGGAACCACACACCUCCCACUCCUGGCUCUGUGACGGACGACUCCUCUGCCUUCAGGACCCCAGCAACAGCAACAACUGGAAGAUCUUUAGAGAGUGCUGGAAGCAGGGACAACCUGUGUUGGUGUCAGGGAUACAUAAACGUCUGAAAGUGGAUUUGUGGCACCCUGAUGCCUUCAGUAAAGAGUUUGGAGACCAGGAUGUUGACCUGGUCAACUGUAGAAACUGUGCCAUCAUUUCUGACGUGAAGGUGCGAGACUUCUGGGACGGUUUCCAGGUCAUCUCCAAGCGACUACAAGACAGUGAAGGCCAGCCCAUGGUGUUAAAAUUAAAGGACUGGCCUCCAGGUGAAGACUUUCGGGACAUGAUGCCUACACGGUUUGAUGAUCUCAUGGAUAACCUCCCCUUACCCGAGUACACAAAAAGAGACGGUCGUCUUAACCUUGCUGCCCGCCUGCCUAACUUUUUUGUGCGUCCUGAUCUUGGACCCAAGAUGUAUAAUGCCUACGGCUUAACCUCGUCUGAAGACAGAAAGGUGGGAACCACAAACCUUCACCUAGAUGUCUCUGAUGCUGUCAAUGUCAUGGUCUAUGUUGGCAUCCCACAAGGAGAGGGAGACCAGGACCAAGAGGCAGUUAUCUCUGGACGCAAAGAGGUCAUGACCACCAUAGAGGAAGGUGAUGUGGACGAAAUGACAAAGAGGAGGGUGUUUGAGGGACAGGAGAAACCUGGAGCUCUUUGGCACAUCUAUGCCGCCAAGGACGCUGAAAAGAUCAGAGAACUUCUCCGCAAGGUGGGAGAGGAGCAAGGUCAAGAGAACCCUCCAGAUCACGACCCCAUUCACGACCAGAGCUGGUACUUGGACCAGGCGCUCCGCCGCAGGCUGUAUGAAGAAUAUGGCGUCCAGGGUUGGGCAAUUGUACAGUUCUUAGGAGAUGCUGUUUUUAUCCCUGCUGGAGCUCCACACCAGGUGCACAACCUGUACAGCUGUAUCAAGGUUGCAGAGGACUUUGUGUCUCCCGAGCAUGUCAGGCAUUGUUUCAGACUGACCCAGGAGUUCAGGCACCUCUCCACUACUCAUACAAACCAUGAAGACAAGCUUCAGGUGAAGAACAUCAUCUAUCAUGCAGUGAAGGACGCUGUUGGGACUCUGAAGGCUCAUGAACCUAAACUGGCCCGCCCUUAGUUCCUUUCACUUAACGUCCCAAAACAAUCAGCCUCUUACAACCAGGCUGCUACACACACAACACAGUGUGCAUUACAUAACCACACACAUGUAUACAUGCUGCAGAAUGCAGAGUACAAAGAUAAUGAGUAGAUUUUGGGGGGCAGUAACAGUCUGGGGUUUCGGUAAUGAGGAGAUUGGAUUUUGGGAGGGAUUGGAUGGUUAGGGGCUGUCAGCCCAUUGAUGAAGGAAGUCCUUUAUCACUGUUACACAGUAUGUUCAAACUUGUCUAGUUUUCCAAUUUUUAUUUUUUAACUCUGUAUUUAAGGUCAGUGUGUUUGUUCAGUUGUUUUCAUUGUAUAAGUAAUAUGUGAGAGUAAGGGAGGUAAAAGCUGACGUGCCUUUGGAGCAGAGGUUCAGCUUCCAUAUAAGUUGACUGACAUAAUGUGAGUACCUGGCUAACUUUCCUAUUUUGAUGACGCUGUUAUUAUUUUUUCUUUAAUAGGAGCAAGGUUAACCUGUUUUUUGUAGAUUUUCUUUUUUGUUGUCAGAGUUUUUAAACGAAGCUGAUUGCUUCAGCCCUCUGUGGCUGUAAUGGAUUUGCGAAGCAGCCAGUGAGGGGAAGCAGACCAAAGUUUUGUAAUUUUUUUUUUCUUAUUUCGCUCUUAAAGUAAGAAGUCUUUUGUUUUUAUACAGCAUAAGGUAAAGAUCGGGAGGACUUCAGAGAGGGUAGUUUUUGUUUUGUUUUUCACCUAUCUUUGUCCUAUGGGCUGAAUGACCUGCAGACUUCCAACAACAUUUGUUCAAGAAUCACAAUAGCAGCUGAACAGAACUACUGGCCAUUAACAUUGUAUCAAUAUCUAUAUAUAUUGAUCUUAGCAGUCUGUUUGAUUUUUCACAAUAAAGUUUACAAAACUACUUUUUGUUCAAUGGUUUAUUUGGCCCUCAAAGGAUUUAUGUGUAAACCACCAGCUUUCACACUGACUUAUAUCUUAAGGAUAGAGAGCAGUGCAGUUCUAGGCUGAGUGCUGGGGUCCUCCUGCGUACUUCAUCACAGCAAAAGGUGAAAAAGAGAGGAGAGACGGAGGAGGAGAAAGAAGCACUCUUCCUUGUCCUCAUCAACUUGUGUUCCUGGUAGCAUGAACCCUGGAGCUCCGACUUAUGGUCAUGAAGCUUUAUUCAUUGUAUUUAGUCAAAAGAGAAGGAUAGGAAUUUAACAUUAUUAGCAAAUAUCUGGAACUGUCUCCUUGUAAAUUCUUUAAGCAUUCACUAGAAGUUGCCAGACAAACACAUUUCUGUUGACUCACAAAUAUAUUGUUUCCCUACCACUCUGAAUGUUUGUCAUCUAAAUAUAAUACCUUUAUAGUGUUUAGUAUUGGUUGUUUGUUUUUAUAUCAUAUUAAAUUGGACUAGGAUUAAAGUUU